AUGGCUUCCUACGCUCAGAACGACUUUGAAGCCGACGUGGACGUCGAUGGUGCCGUUGACCUCGUUGUCGGCGCCCUUGAAUCCACCGACUACUCCGAGGAUCAGCUCGCUCAGUCCUAUUAUACCCAGCAGCUCCAGCAGCAGCAACAGCAGGAACUCGCGUCCAUCGCGCCCGAGGUCCGAAGCUUGAUUGUCUACCUCCACCAGGCUAUCUUGAACCAGAACACCGAUGCGAUUCAGGGAUGUAUCAGCCACUUUUACCGCCUGACGGAGAAGUUCCAGUUCCCUGAGGCUGAGAUCGUCGCCCCCCUCGUCAAUGAUGACCAGAACUUCUUGACCAUCUACCGCGAGUUGUACUUCCGCAACAUCUACGCCAAGGGCCAGCCUACGCUCGAGCAGCGUUUCAGGUCUUACGACAACUACUGUGACUUGUUCAACUUUAUCCUCAACUCUGACGGACCUGUCAACCUCGACUUGCCCAACCAAUACUGCGACUCCAUCGUCGACGAGUUCGUCUGGCAGUUUUCGAGCUUCGCCCAGUACCGUGCGCGUUUGUCCAAGAAGUCCGAGGAGGAUAUUACCAUCUUGCGCGAGAACCCCCAGAUCUGGUCGUGUUACUCCGUCCUCAACGUUCUCUACUCCCUCAUCCAGAAGUCCCGCAUCAACGAACAGCUUGCCGCCAUCAAGAAGGGCGAGAACCCUAAUGACGUCGCUGGCGAGUACGGUGUCCUCCCUCUCUACCGUCAACUCGGAUACUGCUCCUUGAUCGGCUUGCUCCGCGUUCACACCUUGUUGGGUGACUUUACCCUCGCGCUCAAGAUGCUCGAUAACGUCGAUAUCAAGAAGAGCCCGUUCGCGCGUGUGCCUAAUUGUCAUUUCCAGACCUACUAUUACCAGGGUUUCGCGUACAUGAUGCUCCACCGCUACGCCGACGCAAUCGAGUCCUUCAUCCACAUCCUCGUUUUCAUCUCCCGUACGAAGCAAUACCACAACCGCUCCGCGCAGUACGAGCAGGUUAACAAGAAGGCCGAUCAAGUUCACGCUCUGUUGGCCAUCUGUGUCGCGCUCUGCCCUACCCGUUUGGACGAAAACACCCACUCCGCCCUCCGCGAAAAGUUCGGCGAGCAACUCGCCCGCAUGUCCCGCGGUGGCCCGGAAGCUCUCCCCAUCUUCGAGGAACUCUUCACCUUUGCUGCGCCGAAGUUCAUCAACCCCGUCCCCCCGGCCGACCCCGAAAACGUCGCCGAACCCCUCCAGCACCACCAAAAAAUCUUCAUGGAAGGCGUCAAGGGACAAAUGUGGGCCGCGACCCUCCGCUCAUACAUGAAGCUCUACACCACCAUGAAACUUGAGAAACUCGCUGCGUUCUUGGAGAUCGAUGAGGAGGAGUUGAGGAGCCAGUUGUUGGUGUACAAGCAGAACUCGAGACAGUUCCGUCGCACUGAGGGUGCGUUGUUGAAUGGUGAGGUUGUGUCAACGUCGGAGUUGGAUUUCUCGCUUGAGGGUGAUAUUAUCCAUAUUGCGGAGGCGAAGACUGGAAGACGGUAUGGAGACUGGUUCAUGAGGAAUGCGACAAAGUACUUGCAGAUCAAUGAGGGGUUGGCGAAGAAGCAUUAA